AUGUCGGCUGAGGAAGUUGUAGCAGAAGUUGAAGUACCCAAGGAAUUGGGAGAAAUGGAUGCACUUAAGGAGGUACUUAAGAAGGCGCUUAUUCAUGAUGGUUUGAAACGUGGUCUUCAUGAAGCUGCCAAGGCUCUGGAUUCGCGUCGUGCGCGUCUUUGUUGUCUAGCUCAAGACUGCGAUGAACCUAGCUACAGUAAGCUAGUGCGUGCUCUAUGUGAAGAGCAUGGUGUGAACCUUAUUUUGGUGCCCUCAGGAAAGCAGCUUGGUGAGUGGUGUGGUCUUUGUAAGAUUGAUGCUUUGGGUGAAGCCCGUAAGGUUGUAUCCACGUCAUGCGCUGUCAUUACGGACUUUGGUGAGGAGACUCAUGCAUUGAAUGUACUGCUGGAUUACCUUAAGCGUCAAGGAGAGAAUUGA